UUUGGCGUAAAAGAUGCGCACACGGUUAUAUGAGGCGAAUAGCAGUAAAGCAAGGGGGUAUCAAACGCGACUUCAAUGCAAAUUGGGUAAAGAUCGUGAAAAUGUCACUAGGACACUUAAAGAAUGACUGCUGGUCAGGUAUGUUUGUUGUUGGUAGCGAAUGACGAAGUAAAGGAAUGGGACUCGAGGUCGACUCGGGGGCUGGGACCUGGAUUAAAGCGAAAUCGAAAACCCGGGUAUAUUGAACAAUGCAAGCAAAGAGGCGCUUGGGGUCAUGGUCCUGGCACGCCUAGAGUUAGCCUUUCUUACACGCGCCGUUAUGGCCGAGUCGCAGUGUGGGUCAUAAUCUCGCUGGACAUUAGCGUGAAUGCAUGUGGCUUGGUGGGUGCCGCUGUCCUCCAUUACUCUGGAGACCUGUCGCGCGACAGCGAACAAAGAGUGGCAUUGUUGUUGACCAGUUAAAGUAAUGUUUGAUGAGCCGCAAUAACUCUUGUCUUUGUGAGAUGACGACCUGUACGCUGCCCAUGAAGAUCAUUGGCGUAUCAAUUGCCGCCCCUCAUUUCAAUUGAUCGUGGAGGAUCUGGCAUGGCCCCCCGACGGCGACUUGGCCCAGUUGUAAGAAGUCCGCACGGCCGCAGCUU